AUGGAUGGAUCUCGGAGAGGUACCCCCUCACAUCUCAGCUUAUCACGCCAAACUCCAUUCCGACGUUUGACAAUUUAUAACGAUACUGAUGGAAUCUUGGCGCAGAAUGGUAUCAUUCAUAACUGUUCUCAUCCUCCUUCAUCGGAGAAUGAUCCACAUUUCCGAAUAACGGAAGAACAGAUGAUUUUGGCGAUAUUCGCUUAUAUCGAUCAUCUAUUCACUAAAAUCAAGCCACAAAAAGUCUUUUUCAUGGCUAUUGAUGGUGUAGCUCCAAGAGCUAAAAUGAACCAACAAAGAAGUAGACGAUUUCGAACGGCAAAAGAUGCUGUUGAAAAAAGACAAGAAGCUGAAAAGAAAGGCGAAAAAUUGCCUGAAGAAAAAGCUUUCGAUUCAAAUUGUAUUACGCCAGGGACACCAUUCAUGGCAAGGCUCUCAAAUCACCUUAAAUAUUAUGUAACUAAGAGAAUCUCAGAAGACGCUGAGUGGAGAAACGUCAAGGUUAUUCUAAGUGGACAUGACGUACCUGGAGAGGGUGAACAUAAAAUCCAAGAAUUUAUAAGGUUGACAAAAGCUCAACCUGAUUAUAACCCAAACACAAGACACUGUUUAUAUGGUUUAGAUGCAGAUUUGAUCAUGUUAGGUUUAUUAAGUCAUGAUCCUCAUUUCUGUCUGUUAAGAGAAGAAGUUACUUUUGGAAGGAAAUCAAAGAAGACCACCGGUCUCGCAAACACCAACUUUUACCUUUUACACCUGUCAUUACUUCGAGAAUAUCUGGAUCUGGAAUUCGGAUCUCUCGCCACACAAAUAUCAUUCAAAUAUGAUCUUGAACGAAUCAUAGACGAUUUCAUCCUCAUGGCUGUGUUCGUAGGAAAUGAUUUCUUGCCUCAUUUACCGGAUUUACAUAUCAAUGAAGGAGCCUUGGAGAGAAUUUGGGGAAUCUACAAAGAGAUUUUACCCGUUGCCGGGGGAUAUCUCAACGAGCAUGGAACGAUCUCCUUGCCCCGACUUCAACUCAUGCUUGACAAGUUGGCGCAGUUCGAGAUUGACAACUUUGAAGAAGAAUACGCAGACCAGAACUGGUACAAGGGCAAGCAGCAAAAGGAAAUUGAAGCGAUGGAGAAGGCUCGAAAGAGGGGAAAGAUGGUCAUUACCAAGGACCAACAGAAAAUAUUGAAUCAAAUCAAGCAAUUUGUCACCAAACAUCAAGCUAGACCUUCAUCUGCCGAUCGAUGCGUAUUGGUGAACAAUUUCUCCGCUAGAGACCAACGAUUUGUUCAAGAAUUAGGGGAUCAGCUCCAUCUACUCACCAAGUGGGACGAGGUGGAUGAUUAUGGUCAAAAUAUCGUCGUCAUGACUUUUGACCUUGAGGGAGUGAGCGAGGAUGGAGCCUCUGCCGUCGCCGAAGAGGAGGCUGACGGCGAAUGGGAAUCUGAGGAAGAAGAGGAAUCAGAAGGUGAUUUGGCUAUUCAAAGGAUAUUUGCUAAAUACAACAAAGCCAAAGUGGUUGACAAUGUCGUGGAAGACUUUGAGGAAGCUUACGAGGAUAAGCUGAAGGAGAAUUUGGAUGAUUGGAAGAAAAGAUAUUACAAGGAGAAGCUUGAGCUUGAUUUCAACAAGCCUGAAGAUAUGCACAGCAUUGUUUUCAGAUAUAUCGAAGGUCUUCAAUGGAUUUUAAACUAUUACUAUAAAGGUGUAUCAAGUUGGGGAUGGUUCUAUAACUUCCAUUAUGCUCCUAGAAUUACCGAUCUUAAGGGUAUUGCCGAGUACAAGUUCGAUUUCGAUUUUGGAAAACCAUUCACGCCGUUCCAACAAUUGAUGGGUGUUUUGCCAGAGGAAAGUAAAGAGCAUGUUCCUCCAGCUUAUAGGGAUCUGAUGUUCGAGGAGACCUCCCCUAUCAUUGAUUUCUAUCCUAAAGACUUUGCUCUCGAUAUGAAUGGAAAGAAACAAGAUUGGGAAGCUGUUAUCAAAAUCCCCUUCAUUGACGAAAAACGUUUACUCAAGGCCAUGGCUGCUCGAGAGGUCCGACUUACAAGCGAAGAGAAAGAUCGGAACAAGAGUGGUGUGGUCGCCACCCAAUUCGUCUUUGAUGAUCAUCAAGAUACUACCUACCCAUCUUCCGCGCCCGGGUAUUUCCCUGAUCUCGUCAAAAGUCAAUGUCGAUCCAGUCCAUUCAAUCUUCCUACUUUAGGUGAUGGCAUCAACCUUAUCCUUGGUCUUCUCGACGGUGUUCAUCUGGGUGCAUCAGCUUUGGCUGGUUUCCCAUCACUUCAGACGUUAGCUCAUCAAGGCACAUUGGGAUAUCACGGCGUCAACGUGUUCCAGUCCGAUUCCAAAAAUCAAUCUAUGAUCAUUACAGUCACAUCCAAGCAUGAUCGACCCAACACCGGUGAUAUCGCGAAGAGAAUGAUUGGACAACGAACAUUUCAUUCUUGGCCUUAUCUUCACGAAGGAAUGGUAGUCGCCGUUUCUGAUGAUAUGUUCAAGUAUGAACUGCAACAAAUGGGUAAAAUUGCAAAAGUGGUCAGCACCCCUCAUAACCCUUACCAAGCUAUUGCUUUCAAGAAACAAGCGGAUCACAUCGAGCAUCACAAUUCCAAGAGAUUCGGUAUCAUCACCGGCAGUGUAGAUGUCGUGCUUCACGUCAGACCCCUGAAAGGAUUGAAACGUCUUGACACGGGUGCUCUCGUCAAAGAUUACGAAGCUCCCGAAAAGGAGAUCGCUCAAGCUUAUCAAUUGGCCGUCACUCAAGUGACUUUCGAAGACGAAAGAUACCUGGAAAAAGACGCUCCUCCCAUGUCGCAAGAAUUUCCGAAUGGUGAGAAGGUCAUUUUCUUGGGUCACAUGGCGUAUGGCACAGCUGCCCAAGUCAUCGGAACGACCGAGAAAACGCUUGAUGUUGGUUUAGCAUUCUUCCCUUCUGAAAAGCAAGAGAACCAAAAUUUCUCAAGACUUGUUGCGCAUCGACCUACUGGAAUUUAUUACCCAUCCCCAGUGCUCGCCCGUCGAAUCGGUGUUUCCCCUUUGGCACUGUCAAGAGUCACGUCAACCCUCUUGGUCUUGCUCGAAGAUGGAUCGAGAACGAACAUCGGUCUUGCACUGAAAUUCGAAUCAAAGGGAUUGAAGGUAUUAGGAUAUUCAAGAAGGAAUGACAAAGGAUGGGAGUUUUCUGAAAAGACAGCUCAGGUGCUCAAGGAGUACAAAGAAGCGUUCCCAGAACCUUUUGGCAAUCUCGAUAGUAGAGGUGGAGAUCUUGUCACCUCUGCUGAGCUCUGCCCUACAGCCGAAGAUCCUGACAAAGUGGUCAAGGGAAUGAAAAAGUGGUUGAAAGAGAAGGAUUUGGUUGAUCUAGACACUGUUUCUCUUUUUGCUGAACAACUUGAGAAGGAAUCUGUUCAAAUGAUCGAAAAGUUAGCUGAUCAAUACCGGAACCAUAAGUCACCCGAUCAAAUCAAAAGAGCAGUUGUCAAAGCUAUUCCUCGACAAGCGGUCCUCAAACCUUGUCACGCGAUUUACCGGCUUCAAGGGCAGAAAUUCGCAGUUGGCGAUCGAGUCAUCAUGGUUCAAGAUGCCGCCGCUGGAGGUGUCCCAUUAGCCAUGAAAGGUGUCGUAGUCGGGUUAGGUACGAGAGAUAUCGAUGUUGUCUGGGACGUACCAUUCAUGGGCGGUGAGACUCUGCAAGGCAGAUGUUCCGAAUAUAGAGGAUCCACUGUGCCAUUCUCAUCAUGUCUGAAUCUUACACAACCUCAAUUCGGAGUCGGAUUUGAAUCAGGAGCUAAACCUCUUGGUCAAAAUGCUCCUUUCAAACCUCAAUUAGGACCAAGACCUGUUCUACAAAUGCAGAAUUAUCAACCUUCCAUCCCUCACAAAAACAAAUAUCAACAACAUGACCAACACCAACAACCCACCAUCAUGCGAAACCCUAAUCGAGCACUGCCAAACCAAGUCAAUGGGAAUACGUCUUAUGGAAAUGCAACUAAAGGUGUCAAACCACCUGUUCAGCAACAACAAGCACAGGGCCAAGGUUUAUCGAGUCACGGAGAAAGAUUAGCAAAUGCUUUGGGAGCGAAACAUGUCGCUCAUAGACCUGGUCAUGCUCUACCUUCACAAGUAGUCAGAAGUCCAAACAAGCAGACCAACGUAGCUUUGCCAUUACCUCUACCUGUGUCUCAAGGUCAACCUCCUGCUCAGCACCAAGGAGGAGAGCAGAAUGGGGAUGGAAGGGGAAGAGGAAGAGGUGGAUUUAGAGGAAGAGGCGGACGAGGAAGGGGUGGACGAGGUGGUGCAAGGGGAGGUGCGCAGGUCAACGCGUAA